AUGGCAUCCUCGAGGAUGAUUGAUGCAGAAGAAGUCGCCAAGCACAACAAGACGGAUAGCUGCUGGGUGGUUCUCUACGGGAAGGUGUACGAUCUGGUUGGAGCCGAAGUCAAAUAUUCCAGUUCUCAUGACGUUAACGUUACGAAUUUCCUCCCCAAUCAUCCGGGAGGCGCGAAUAUCAUCCUGCAACUGGCUGGGAGGGAUGCAACCGAAGAAUACGAUCCAAUUCAUCCUACCGGUACUCUGGAGGAUAGUCUCCCUCCAGAGGCCCUGGUAGGCAGAGUAGAUGAGAAGUCUCUGGUAAAACUUGCCCCAAAGCCAGCCAAAGCAGAAAAGACCACCGAAGGGCCUCCUCCGUUAUCGACUCUCUUGAACAUGGAUGACUUUGAGGCGGCUGCUUCAAAGCAGCUAACCCACAAGGCUUGGGCAUAUUACUUUUCUGGAGCGGAUGAUCUGAUCUCCAAAUCAUUGAACAACAGUAUCUACAGAUCUAUAUUACUUCGCCCAAGAGUCUUUGUGGAUUGCAAAAACUGCAGUCUGGCCACUAGUAUGCUGGGUUACAAGCUCAAUACCCCCAUCAUUGCUUCCCCUACUGCAAUGGCACGGCUUGCGCACCCCUCAGGCGAAGCUGGUAUUGCUGCCGCAUGUGCCAAAUUCGGUGCUAUGCAAAUUAUCUCCAACAAUGCCUCCAUGACUCCAGAAGAGAUCGUCAAAGGGGCUCCCCCAGAUCAAGUGUUUGGAUGGCAGUUAUAUGUGCAAAUUGAGCGAAAGAAGAGUGAAGCUAUGCUGGCACGCAUAAACAAGCUCAAAGCCAUCAAAUUUAUUUGCCUCACCCUCGACGCACCCGUACCGGGAAAGAGAGAGCUUGAUGAACGCACAAAGGUUAUCGCAGAUACUCCUGCCGUCGCAGACAUAGUCAAAUCAUCGGGGGGACACGAGAUUGCUGGUGGAAGUGGUCUAGGACAACAGUUAUUUGCUGGCACAGACCCAUCUUUAACGUGGAAGGAUACCCUACCAUGGUUGUUGAAACAUACCGACCUUCCCAUUGUACUUAAGGGUAUCCAGACCCAUGAAGACGCUUACAUUGCUUCUCUACACACCCCUCAGAUAAAAGGCAUCAUUCUCUCGAACCACGGUGGAAGAGCGAUGGACACUGCUCCGCCUUCCAUCCAUACCUUGAUGGAGAUCCGCAAAUACUGUCCUGAAGUUUUUAAUCGAAUCGAGGUUUGGAUUGAUGGUGGGAUUAAGAGAGGCACAGAUGUGGUUAAAGCACUGUGUCUGGGUGCCAAGGGGGUUGGUGUUGGUAGGAAUGCACUCUUCAGUCUUGCAGCUGGUGGCCCCGAAGGAGUUGAACGAAUGCUUGAAAUUCUCUGUGCGGAAACAAUGACAGCAAUGCGGUUGUUGGGAGUUGAUAAAGUGGAAGAUCUCGGUAUGCAGCAUAUCAAUGCUCGAGCUGUCGAGCAGCAACUAUACGACGGCGGUGCUGGCCUCGACAUCUUGGGAUCCCAUAUCAAAGCAAAGAUAUAA